AUGGGCCUGGACUCGGGGAAAACAUAUGGGGUCAAAGCACUGCUCGAUAGUGGUUAUAGCACCUGUUGUAUCAAUACCAACUACGCACGAGCGGAGAAAUUGGACAUCCAAGAGCUUCCACAACCUAUUGUGGCUCAUGAUGCCAAUAACACCGAAAACAUCAGCGGUCGGAUCACGCAUUACUUCAACCUGAGGAUGAGAAUUGGUCCUCAUGUGGAAACACGCACAUUUCUCCUGAUGUGUCUAGGAAAAGCCUGGAUCUUCAUUGGUCUUGAUUGGCUGACAGAACACAACCCUGAGGUGGAUUGGCAGGAGCAGACAAUGAGAUUCAGCUGA